ACAAAAAUUAAAUAUGUUUAGUUCAGUGAAUAUGAAAUUAACUGUUAUCAUUUGUAAUGGACUAUACCUAUUACAUUUCUAAAACUGCAGUAACCUGGGCCAGUAGCAUAGGUAAUAAGGCAAUAACUUGAUUGAAACAGAGAACCUACUCAUCUUCAAGAAAAUGGCGUCCGUCGACAUUCUAAUGUUAUCUAAAUGUUUAAUAUAACUACAUACCAAUCGGUAAUACCUAUCCACGAAGUUCAUGCUAUCGUUUUAGUUUCAAUUCAAUAACUAUCAGAACAAGUCUGUAUUCACGUUUGCAUUCCUUAAUUAUUACCUAAAAACGCGGGAAAUUUUGGUGAAAACUCGUAGCUAUACUUACGUAAUUGGGAAAAAUACGAUAAGUUGAUCCCCAAAUUUCAAAGCAUUAGCUUACAAAUUUUAUCUCUUUAUUGGUAGACGUUAUGGUUCUGUCUAUACUAUAUGUUUUCACGUGUGGACUCCUGUGUGGGACUCAUGCCCUGGACAAUGGGUUGGCACUGACUCCUCCCAUGGGAUGGCUUUCUUGGCUCCGGUUCGGCUGCACCAUCGACUGUGAUGCUAAACCUAAUGAAUGCAUAAGUGAAAACUUAAUAAGAAGAACUGCCGAUUUAAUGGUAAGCGAGGGGUACCUAGCUGCCGGCUACCGGUACAUCACCAUAGACGACUGCUGGCUGGAGAAGGAACGAAGUCCUGACGGCCGCCUCGUGCCUGAUAAAAAGAGGUUCCCUAAUGGAAUGAAAGCUCUUUCUGACUAUGUUCACAGCAAAGGCUUACUGUUUGGCAUAUACGAGGACUACGGUAACAUGACGUGUGAGCGGUACCCUGGCAUCAGGGGGCACGAGCUGUAUGAUGCUGAUACCCUGGCCAGUUGGGAGACUGACUAUCUCAAACUAGAUGGCUGUUUCGCUGACGUUGAGGGAAUGAGCAAAGGGUAUCCGGCCUUUGGGCGAAUACUAAAUGCAACCGGCCGCCCUAUUUUAUACGCAUGCAGCUGGCCGUUCUUCCAGGAAACCAAUGGUAUUCGUCCAAACUACAGCUCAGUAGCCGAUAGCUGCAACAUUUGGCGCAACUGGUACGACAUCCGGAACUCUUGGUCUUCCGUCCAGAGUGUGAUGACAUGGAUUGGAGACAACCAGGACAGGCUGGCCCCACACGCGGGCCCUGGUCAUUGGAAUGAUCCUGACAUGUUGGUGAUAGGAAACUCCGGUUUAACGGUAGAUCAGGCUCAAGUGCAAAUGGCUGUCUGGUCGAUCCUAGCGGCCCCUCUGAUGAUGAGCGUGGACCUGGCGCAAAUAGAUCCAGCCUUCAAGCAGAUUCUACUGAACCGUGACGUCAUAGCUGUCAGUCAGGACAAAUUGGGAAAGCAAGGCUUAAGGGUCUGGAAGAGUGGAUUUUAUAGUACGCGUCCGCAACAGGAGAUCUGGCACCGCGAGCUGUCAGAGGGGGCGCGUGCCAUUGCCUUUGUGAAUAUGCAGGCCACAUUCGUGACAGUCUCCUACAGUUACGAUAACAUGAAGCUGCCAUCGCUACAGUAUAUUAUUAAGGAUCUUUACAACGUCAGAAAGGAGAAAACAUUAAGACCAGGGGAAAAAUUAACAGUACACAUUAACCCUACAGGUGUGAAGUUUUACAAGUUUGCUCCAAUGACGUAAAAUUGGUUACCAACUCGGCUUGUUUAAAAAUGCAUGUUUUUUUU